AUGUCAGACAGAACACUCAGAGGAGUGUUACAGAGGAGGCCAUGUUUUAGGAGGAGCAGACGAGCAGAGGAAGGGUUACUCGAGGAGCACAGCACUAGGGCAGCCAGAGGCCAGUGCUCCCGGUGUCAUCCAGCGGUCGUGUCUCCAGGGACACAACCCUGUUCAUCGAUUGGUUGGGCUCGGUCGUCUCUUCCUCUUCCCAGGUCACUUCUGACACCUACAGCCAACGGUCGGUGGGUACGUCAGACACAAACCGUUAGUUGGCAUGGCCCGGGGAGCAAGCCCACUGAAAUCACGUGUCCUCUCGACCUGCCCCUGUCCUUUGGUGUUCCUCACCAAGCGAAGUAUCGCAUGCUGUGGGCUCAGCCCCACUGUACAGUGAGGAAGAGCUAACAGAGGGCGGUCAGGAACGGGGGGGAGACAUCCGCCUCUUCAGCAGCCAGGCGAAAGAAGUACUGGCGAGGAGAGUGGCUCGGUAGCCGGUCUAGAGGGACAGGUCUGUCUCCUGACCCA